CCGGAAAUCCUUGUCUAUUCGGCGGGGCACCGGGACGUCUGGAGCGCGGCGGCGGAGAAGGGCGGCGAGCGCGGCGAUGGAGUUCUGCCCGUCGUGUGGGCUGCUGCUGCAGAUCGAUCCAGGCACCGGAAGCCACCGCCUGCGCCUCUUCUGCCCCCUCUGCCCCUACGUCUGCGCCAUCCAGAACAAGAUCGUGAGGAAGGCGAAGUUGGUCAAGAAGGAGGUAGAGCCCAUCUUCAGCAACGCCGACGCGAUGAAGUUGGCCCCCAAGACCGCAACUUCAUGCCCAAGAUGCAACCAUGGAGAAGCAUACUUCAAGCAGAUGCAGAUUCGAUCAGCUGAUGAGCCAAUGACAACAUUCUAUCGGUGUUGCAGAGAAGAAUGCCAGCUUGAAUGGAGAGAUGACUGAUCCUAGCAUUUUGCACUUCGCUUACACUAUGUACCCGUGUUGCUUCAGUUUUGAGUGUUGAUAUCCCCUGUUGCACAUGUAAUUCUUCUUGUAAUCUCCGUGCACUUUAGUUCAAACUUCUGGGAAAUGUUAUUAUGGUGUGGCUUUAUGGCUGCAGAAGACCUCGGAUGUUGCUUUUAAUACUAGUAGCAGUGAAGUGUUUUGGAAUGUAUGUGCUUCAUGCUGCUACAGCUUUGAAAGGAAUAAAGUGUUCCUAAUUAAUUUACCAAGGAUUUUCA